AUGCCAUCAGCGAAACAAAAAACCUCUGUCUUCGCAAAAGAUUCAACUGGGACCGGAUUAUUUCAAGCAGCCCCACCAAACUCCAAAUUACCUUCCAGCCCAUCCUCUUCAGAAGCCAACUCGACAUUGUCCUCCCAACUAUCUCUCCCCAGCCAGGAUGAAUCGGAAGAAAAACACAAACAUUUUUUGGAAUAUUUUUUUGAUAGUGAUAGUGAAUCCUUGGAGGAGGAAGAAGAAGAGGAGGAGGAACCAGAUUAUCUUAAACGUUCAACAUUGGAGGAAAAAGUUGAAUUUUUGCAGGAUUUUGGUUCGAUUCCAGAAUUGGAAAACAUAUCCGAGGAUGUUAGCAUUUCGGAGAUAAAUAAAGAAAUUAUGAAACCCGAGAUAUCCUCUGAGGAACAUAGUGAUAUUGGUUACUUUGUGGAUCCAAUAACUGGACAGAGAUUGGUCUCUACACCUACUGUGCAGGUGGUAAAAAAAGACCUCCCCCAAUUUGAAGAGAAGAGGCACGAAAGUGUGGUUUCCCUUUUGGAAUUUGAAGAAGUGAUGGAGGAAGAGGACUUAGAUAAGAUGGACAUAUUUAAUUUGGACUAUAACCAGGAGGAUGAUAAGGAUCUAAACGUACUAAUCGAUGAGGAGAGGGCCUUGGAGAAAUUCCUUCAAGUAGAAAUUCGUGAAGUAGCCAAAGAAAGUGAUCUCAAUUGGGAGGAAAUUUUCCAGCAAGAGGCUCAUCGCCACCUUUGUGAAAAUGUCGAAAGAUUACUGAAUGAUCUCAUUGAUCAAGCUGUGGAAGUUGCCGAACACAUAUCUCCCGAAGCUAUGCUACGUAAACAUUUAGACAAACAUAAGCUAGUGAUGGAAAUCCGCAAUAAAGUUCAUGAACGAGUCGUGGAACGUCGAGUUUGUGAAUUUUUUAAUCGUAAAGCUGUUGAAUAUUUUAAACGUAAGAAAAUAUUACGUUCCAUUAUGCCGGAUAGUAAGCGGUAUGUGGAGCUGGAAAUGCGAAAAUAUCUUCAUGCUAUUUCACGUUUGGAUGAGUUGCUGGCUAAGGAAGAGAAUGCAAAACUGAUGGCAUCGAAAACACAAAUGGAAUUGGAAAAUGAAUUACAGAUGCAAAGGGAGAAAAGUGAAAAGGCCAUAGCGGAUUUUGAAGAAGUGGUCAGAAGGAAUUUGAUACGUGAAGCACGACCGAAGUGUAACAUGCUUAUAGAAAAACUCCUAUUAGAAAUGUCCAAAUGUCGCCAGGAGGUAAAUGAAGUACGUUUUGAAAUGAUCCUGAAGCUGCAUACUGAAGCUAGUUUAAGAAAGAAAUUAUCGAAUAUCGAAGACCUUGGCAAUGGCUUGACAAUGAAAAGUUUUGAGGGUAUACACAAUGAAACCCAAAUCUUAGAUCGGAAAAUUGAAGAACGCAAUGCCGAAUUACGAAAACUCUAUGAACGUGUUCAACGGGAUAUUCAUGCCAUGGCCCAUUAUAAGGAGCAGCAGAAAAUGUUACAAAAUUCCAUAAUUGCUCAACGUUUGGCCCUUGAAGAGCUAAUGGAAGAAAAACGCCAAUUACGUCAACAGAUUUAUGAAUUACGUAUGAAUCGUAAUUCAAUAAGGAAACAACACAAAGAGUUAAGUUUUGAAAGUGGCCUCCUGGAUAAGCCGGCAUUAAUGUUGGAUUAUGAUAAAACAAAUGAGAUGAUUGCAGGACAUCGUGGUACUGUAAAAGCGAAGACCGGCAAUGAAACACCAAAGAAAAUUGAAAAGAAAUCUCCGACCAAAGAAAAGGGCAAGGAGAAAGGAAAUAAAGCAAAAACUACGACGGAAAAGGUCAAAAUAGAAACCUCUAUUCCAACAGCCCCUAUUAAACCGUUACCAACUACCAAUGUACCACUUAAAGAAAUACCCAUGGAUCACGAAAACAGAAAAAGAUCCAGUGAAGAGUCCAUAUCCUCUCUUAAAGAAGAAUUACCCACUAAACAACCCCCUCCUCCUCCUCCGAAAAAGUUACGUCUAACCGAAAUCAAUCCCUUAGAAAAAGCCAUUGCCGAGGUAGUUAUGGAAGGUGAAGGUAGCUCUGAGUCCCAUGAAUCUGAAUACAAUGGACCAAGCUCAGAAAGCUCCAUUGAAUCCUUUAUUACACAAGCUGAAAAGUUUUUAGAACUACCCGGCAUAUCCGAUGAGGAGGAUAGACGUAUGGAUAUGGGAGCAUUUGUUAAUCCUUUGACGGGUGAAAUUAGUUCCUCUUCUAAAGAAUCGCUAAAAGAGAAAAUUGAAGAACCCAAAGAAGUGGUAAAGCAAAAACCCGAAAUUCCUGGUGAGGAACAAAAAAGUGAGAAGGACGUAGAAGAAUCCAUAGAUCUGCAAUCCGUUGAUAUACCCAUCUUAUCCGAUGAGGAGGCAGAGGAUGAAGGCAAAAAGUUGGCAGAUGAAGAGGAUACCUUUAAUCAAUUUUUGGAACUUGAGGCCCAAGCCCCUGUUGUGACCACUGAAGAAAUCGAUAUGGAAGCCUUGGCCCGGGCUGAAGCUGAACGUCUUCUAAACGAACAAACCUAUGAAUUUGUCUGCGAUUUAAUAUCACGUGCUGUUGACAAAGCCGAAUAUGUUGAUCCGCGAAUAAUAUUACGACAAAAUCUCGAUAAGCGGAAACUAAUGAAGGAGUUGCAAGAGAAAAUAGCUCUUUUGGAAAUUGAGAAGCGGGGAAAGCAAUUCCUAAAUCGCAAAUGUGUUGAAUAUUUUCGUCGUAAACGUUCUAUGCGACCCAUCUUGGAAGAUAAUCUAAAAAUGUUACCACAAGAAAUACGAAAAUAUCAGGCGGCGGUAAAUAAUUUGGAUAAGUGGCUGAUAAGGGAACAAGAAGCGAAAGCAUUAACGGAAACUAAUUUGGCAGUACUUAAUGAGGAAUUGACAAUUACACGAAAGCGUUCCGGAGAUGAAAUUAGCAAUUUGGAGGAUAUUGUUCGCAAGGCAUUGCGGAGGGAGGGUUUUGAUAAACUCCAUGGUGUUGUGGAGAAUUUAUUGGGUAAAAUGCAAUCGGUUAGAAAAGAGAUUUCCAAAGUUCGAUUUCAAUUGAUACAAAAACAGCAUGAUAUGGCAACACUGGUGGAGCAAUUACGCGAUCUAGAAGACUUAGGUAAUGGCCUAACAAUGCGCAACUUUGAGACCAUUCAAACCGAAACACAAGCUUUGGGAAAGAAAAUAGAAGAACGCAACACCGAACUGAAUAAAUUGCGAUAUCGUUGUCACGGUGACAUUCACCGUCAAGCUCACCUAAAAGAGAAACAAAAAAUGCUUCACGAAACCAUACAUUUUCAGCGGCAAUAUCUUGAAGAAUUACAAAACGAAAAGCAACGAUUGCGUGAAGUGGUAUUUCAAAUGAAAAUCGAACGUUCGAAAUUAAGAAAGGAGUCUCGCGAUAUUAGUUUUCAAUCGGGUCUUUUAGAUAAACCAAUAUUAAUGAAAGAUUUCGAUACUACUGUGGAAUAUUUGGAAGAGUUGCGAGAACGUGUCAAGCAAUCAAAGAUUACAAUCUGUGAAAUAAAUGAGAAAAAUUGA